GUCUGCACGUCGUUUCUCAUGAUAAAGCUGUGUGCAGACCGCAGGGCCACAAGCAGACUGUCCGCCUUCCCUGCCAAGGGUGGAGGCGGGCAGCACGGUGGUGGGAGCCCAGGGUGGCAUCCCCUGCGGCACCAGCAUCAGAAAAGGUGGGACCAUGCUACCUGGUGCUGUGAGUGGCUGAGAUGCUGCGGUGGGGGAGAGCCCAGGCCCCGCACGGUCUGGCUGGGGCACCCCGAGAAGAGGGAUCAGAGGUACCCCCGAAAUGUCAUCAACAAUCAGAAGUACAACUUCUUCACCUUUCUUCCUGGGGUGCUGUUCAACCAGUUCAAGUACUUUUUCAACCUCUAUUUCUUACUCCUCGCCUGCUCGCAGUUUGUACCUGAAAUGAGACUUGGUGCGCUCUACACCUACUGGGUCCCCCUGGGCUUCGUGUUGGCCGUCACCAUCAUCCGAGAGGCGGUGGAGGAAAUCCGAUGCUACCUGCGGGACAAGGAAGUCAACUCCCAGGUCUACAGCCGGCUCACAGUGAGAGGGACCGUGAAGGUGAAGAGUGCCAACAUCCAAGUGGGAGACCUGAUCAUCGUCGAAAAGAACCAGCGGGUGCCUGCUGACAUGAUCUUCCUGAGGACAUCAGAAAAGAACGGGUCUUGCUUCCUGCGGACGGACCAGCUGGACGGGGAGACGGACUGGAAGCUGCGGCUCCCGGUGGCCUGCACGCAGAGGCUCCCCACGGCCGCCGAUCUUCUUCAGAUUCGAUCGUAUAUCUACGCGGAAGAGCCGAGCAUUGACAUCCACAAUUUUGUGGGAACAUUUACCAGGGAGGACAGCGACCCUUCGAUCAGCGAGAGCCUGAGCAUCGAGAACGCGCUCUGGGCGGGCACCGUCAUCGCCUCAGGAACUGUUGUGGGUGUUGUUCUUUACACGGGCAGAGAACUCCGGAGUGUCAUGAAUACCUCAAAUCCUCGAAGUAAGAUUGGCCUGUUUGACCUGGAAGUGAAUUGUCUCACGAAGAUCCUCUUUGGUGCUCUGGUGGUGGUGUCACUGGUCAUGGUGGCCCUUCAGCACUUCGCUGGACGCUGGUACCUGCAGAUCAUCCGCUUCCUCCUCCUGUUUUCCAACAUCAUUCCCAUCAGUUUGCGUGUGAACCUGGACAUGGGCAAGAUCGUGUACAGCUGGGUGAUACGAAGGGAUUCAAAAAUCCCGGGCACGGUGGUUCGCUCCAGCACGAUCCCUGAGCAGCUGGGGAGGAUCUCUUACCUGCUCACGGACAAGACAGGAACUCUUACCCAGAAUGAGAUGGUUUUCAAGCGGCUCCAUCUGGGCACAGUGGCCUACGGCCUCGACUCCAUGGACGAAGUGCAGAGCCACAUCUUCAGCAUCUACACCCAGCAAUCCCAGGACCCGCCUGCUCAGAAGGGCCCCACCAUCACCACCAAAGUCCGGCGGACCAUGAGCAGCCGCGUACAUGAGGCCGUGAAGGCCAUCGCGCUCUGCCACAACGUGACCCCCGUGUACGAGUCCAACGGCGUGACCGACCAGGCCGAGGCCGAGAAGCAGUAUGAAGACUCGUGCCGUGUGUACCAGGCGUCCAGCCCGGACGAGGUGGCCCUGGUACAGUGGACCGAAAGCGUGGGCUUAACCCUGGUGGGCCGAGACCAGUCUUCCAUGCAGCUGAGGACCCCUGGCGACCAGAUCCUGAACUUCACCAUCUUGCAGAUCUUCCCUUUCACCUAUGAGAGCAAGCGCAUGGGCAUCAUUGUGAGGGAUGAAUCAACGGGGGAAAUUACCUUCUACAUCAAGGGAGCCGACGUCGUCAUGGCUGGCAUCGUGCAGUACAACGACUGGCUGGAGGAAGAGUGUGGGAACAUGGCCCGAGAGGGGCUGCGGGUGCUCGUGGUGGCGAAGAAGUCUCUAGCCGAGGAGCAGUAUCAGGACUUCGAGGCUCGCUACGUGCAGGCCAAGCUGAGCGUGCACGACCGCUCCCUCAAAGUGGCCACGGUGAUCGAGAGCCUGGAGAUGGAGAUGGAGCUGCUGUGCCUGACGGGGGUGGAAGACCAGCUGCAGGCGGACGUGAGGCCCACGCUGGAGACGCUGCGGAACGCCGGCAUCAAGGUUUGGAUGCUGACAGGGGACAAGCUGGAGACGGCCACAUGCACAGCGAAGAACGCGCAUCUGGUGACCAGAAACCAAGACAUCCACGUGUUUCGGCUGGUGACCAACCGCGGCGAGGCCCACCUUGAGCUGAACGCCUUCCGCAGGAAACACGACUGUGCCCUGGUCAUCUCUGGAGACUCCCUGGAGAUCUGCCUCAAGUACUACGAGUACGAGUUCAUGGAGCUGGCCUGCCAGUGCCCGGCCGUGGUCUGCUGUCGCUGCGCCCCCACGCAGAAGGCCCAGAUCGUGCGUCUGCUGCAGGAGCGCACUGGGAAGCUCACCUGUGCAGUAGGUGACGGCGGCAAUGACGUCAGUAUGAUUCAGGAGUCUGACUGCGGCGUGGGCGUCGAGGGGAAGGAAGGAAAACAGGCCUCGCUGGCGGCAGACUUCUCCAUCACUCAGUUCAAGCACCUCGGCCGCUUGCUCAUGGUGCACGGCCGGAACAGCUACAAGCGCUCGGCCGCCCUCAGCCAGUUCGUGAUCCACAGGAGCCUGUGCAUCAGCACCAUGCAGGCUGUCUUCUCCUCUGUGUUUUACUUUGCCUCCGUUCCUCUGUACCAAGGAUUCCUCAUCAUUGGGUACUCCACCAUCUACACCAUGUUCCCUGUGUUUUCUCUGGUCCUGGACAAAGACGUCAAGUCAGAAGUUGCCAUGCUGUAUCCUGAGCUCUACAAGGAUCUCCUCAAGGGACGGCCGUUGUCCUACAAGACAUUCUUAAUAUGGGUUUUGAUUAGCAUCUAUCAAGGGAGCACCAUCAUGUACGGGGCGCUGCUGCUCUUCGAGUCGGAGUUCGUGCACAUUGUGGCCAUUUCCUUCACGUCGCUGAUCCUCACGGAGCUGCUGAUGGUGGCCCUGACCAUCCAGACCUGGCACUGGCUCAUGACGGUGGCCGAGCUGCUCAGCCUGGCCUGCUACAUCGCCUCCCUGGUGUUCCUACACGAAUUCAUCGAUGUGUACUUCAUCGCCACCCUGUCCUUCCUGUGGAAAGUCUCUGUUAUCACCCUGGUCAGCUGCCUGCCCCUCUACAUCCUCAAGUACCUGCGCAGACGGUUCUCCCCGCCCAGCUACUCCAAGCUCACCUCGUAGGCUCUGUGCGCGGUGGCGGGAGUCUGGUCCCUGCUCUCCUGCCGGACAGAGUUCAGUCCCGUUCGUCCUGACCGCCUGAGGGCUCUGCAGGAGGGGCUGCACGUGCGGUGUGGAUGAGAAGAGGCUCUGUGUGGAGUCCUGCCCGAGUACACGGGAGGGAGGCCCAAGGAGCCCGCGGCCCGUGUGAACCCCGGUGGUUCCGCCUGGAGUGAAUGUGAAUGUGUCCCCGUGGGUGGCUCAGCCAAGAGAUUUAUACGCGGGUCACUGUGCAAGCUUCCUUAUGACUUGAAUUUUGUUGUCAUGUGAUAAAGUUUCUGUCUAGUUGGAGAUUGUAGAGGACUUUUGGUUGGUUUGUUUUUUUUCAACAAUCCUAACGUGUGUGCACUCUUUAUGUCUUUCCUGCUCCUAAAAACUGGUUUUAGAGAAACGUAAAGCUCUUGGUGGAGGUUUGGGGGGAAAGACGGUGCAUUUGGUUAAAAGUUAUCCGAACACCAACCUCAAUUUGGAAACGCCAGGUGUCCUCUCUACGCAGCCCCGCUAUUGAAGCCGGGCUUCCUAGGAUCACAGGAAGGCAAAUGAGAGGCGAGGGAGAAUGAGCUGCAAAUCCAGGUUUCCCGCAUCUCACUCCGCACCCACACUGGAGUCACGUCCCCGCCACCUCGCAAAGGAAUGUCAAAGGUGCCACUCUGCUUCGUCCGGACCUGGGAACAAUCAUGAAGCCCGUGGCCAUCUGGGACACCCGCGACAUCCUCUGGGAGUUGUUUUCGCAGGAAAUGUGCCACCAAACAGCCCCUUAAUAUGUCAACAGGGUGAAAAGAGGUACAACUAAUUCUUUAGACAAUGGCGCUCACUCGGCUCAGACCCUGGUCCAGAGCGGGGAGGUCAGGCCUGGGCCCUUCACCCACAAUGAGGUCUGUUUCCUGUUGGGAGGAAUGAUGGAGGAUGGAAGGACAGAGGCGGCGGCUUCUUACCACAUUGCCACGCACGGUGGCAGCUUCGAGCAGGGAGCCCCGUGGGAGGAGGCCCGGCUGUGGCCUGGGCAUGGGGCUGGGCUCUGCUCCACGGCCUGCAGCCUUCACGGGGGAUGGGGGGGCGCUUCCGAAGGGCAGCCAGGGGCCGAGACGCCGCCCACCGGGCUGCGGCACAGGCGUGGUGUUUCUUACAAAGCCGUGGCCUCUCGUUCCAGGCCAGGAAGGGAAUUUCCGAGCACUGCACGUGGCAGGGCAGGGUGCCCGGGCCGGUCACUCUUGCAGCGGCCACGUGUGAAGGCCCUGAGGGUUCCAUUGGCGGGUCUUCAGGAGGCGACUGUGUUUGAGGCCUCAGAUUGGUGGUUAAUCCUGUGUGAGUACAUGCCCUGCAACCCGUGGGCACGGCGCUUCUGUGUGUGCUUCAGAGACGUAGGCUCGGCCCGGGUGCUGACCCCACUGCCCGAGGGGCCCCUGCUCCGGGGACACGAGGAGCCCGCGUGCCUCGCCUUGGCAGCACCCUUCCUGUGCUCACGUGUUCAUGUUGCCUUUUUACAUCUUUAUAAAGUGACAUCAAGUUGCAGGCCCUCGGAAAUUAGCUAUUGACAGCACUUCUGUCUUAAGAUUCUGCAAUUUUACAGUAUUUGCCCCUCUCUGUUCCAGCCAUUUCCGCCUCCCACUGAGAUCUACAGAGAGCAUAUAUAGGGUGGGGCAAAAGUAGGCUUACAGUUGUUCAUAUGGAAAAAUAAUGCAAUCAUUAAUAACUGAUGAUAUAAGGAUAAACUGUUUUGCAUACUCAUAACUGUAAACCUACUCCCUCCCCCCCCCGUCCCCCCAGUAAUGCAGUGAAGGAAUGGCUAUUUCAGAACAGGGUUUUGCCUAGAACUCUCGGAAAAGUCGAGCAGGUCUGAGCCCACUGCGCUAUUUUACGCAGUUUCGAAGGUGGAGGAGGAGGAGGAGGCUGUGCUCUGAGUGCCUGCACCUGGCUGCCGUGUUGGACGUCAGACGGGAGUCUUAGUAAUUCCACUCUGCGCUUGCAAACCCGGGACCGGGCCUUGCUCACAGACCGGUGAGGGCUCCUGCAGGGAGGGCCUGUGGAUUCCUUGUUGGGAACGUUCGGGUGUUUGCAGCAGACACGGAACAGAGAUGGUUUCUGCGGCCUUCUCCUGAAGUCCCGUUUUGGGCAAGGUGCGUGAGUUGACCUUUAAGAUACUGCCUGGCCUCUCGAAGGGAGAACGCUUCUAAGGGGGCUAGCGAAGCCAUCCCUGAGGGGCGACAGAUGUGUGUCAGGGCCACCAGACACGUCCUGCCCACUGUCCUCGGGCACACUCUGUGGAGGCAGUCGGGCAAGAGGGAUGAAACCCUGUAGAGACCACCACGGUGUAAGCCACCCGAGGGUGGGCAGCCUGCUCACGCCCCUGCUGGGGUCCGGGGGCGCCUAGGAAUGGGGAUCCCUACCUGCACACACCAGACUAAUCCCAGCAGAGAACUGGUGCCCACUGGGCGCUUCCGGGGGCAUCUUCGUGGUUGGGGGGAACCAAGAAACAAAACACCGGAGCUGUUUUGAGGGAAACUCCCAAGUUCAUAACCUUGACCAUAAGGCUUCUGUUGACUGUUUGCUGGGCUCAUCCACCUGGAAAGAUCUUCAGGCCCAACAGCCAAUUGAGUCUGAGGCCAGAGGCCCCGUGGCCACAAUCAGCAGGUUAAACACUUCCUUCUAGUAAAAACGACCAUUCCCUCCGCCCUCGGACAGCACUAGGUAUUUGUGCCAGAGUAAGCACUUUUGUUAUUUAUGAUUAUUCUUUUUACAUCUUUUGUUGACGGUGUGUGUGUGUGGGGGGGGAGGGGGCGGUAAGAAUGGUUUCUAUUUGCCCCCCCCCCCCCCCCCCCCCCCCCCCAAAAAAAACUUUCUCUAAGAAAAUGGCCAGGCGAGCCAUUGGGUGGUUUCUCCUGCCUGGCAGGGUGACUACCUUGGGGAGCCUGCAUGCACGUGUGUGUGGAGCCUGUGGUGGUCGGUGAGGCUCUGGGUGAGGCUGGCCGCACUGACUCGGGCUGCUUGGGGCAAAGGACUUGCCACCUGGAGCUGGGAGGCCAGGAGCUGGGGUUUCCAACGCCCGUUGUUGGCAUUAUUAUAUCCAGAUCCCAGACUCGCUUCCCUGAAGCGCACCUCUUUUUUGUCGCCGUCAUCGUAAAUGCCACCAUCUGCUUUCCCGUCCCCCAGCUUCUCUGCUGAAAACGUAGGUUAUUCUGACAACUUUGGAAUGUACUCUGCGUUCUGUGCUCAUUGGAAAUGGACAUCAUGACGCCUGCUUUCCUUCCUCCAGACUUCUGUUUUCAUAUUUUUUUUUUUAACUGGGGAUGGGGAUGGCAGUGCCCUCAUGCCUUUUCUGGGGCAGCAUUUUAAACCUUUGCCAAAAUUUCAAACGGGACCUAUGCAUUCUCCCAGUCCACCCUGCGUGAGGCAAACACCCAUCAGCUAUUUUUAAUCUCUGUGUGUGUGUGUGUGUGUGUUUGAAAUGUGUGUGUGGGGGGAUGUAUGAUGUUAUCUCCAGGUUUUUGAAGAGAGAUUUGGUUUGGGUCAACAUCCCAUCAUGCCCAGCUUUGUAGUCAUUAAAAGAAACAAUCACAAUGAGCUUUGUAAAUACAACAGAUUUUAUUUCACCCCCCUUUCAAUGUAAAGCUUUCGGUCAUUUCUAUAUACUUGUUAGGAAACGGUUCCUUUAAUUGUGUCCAUUUCAUCCUGGAAGGAUGCUCGCUGUGCUUUUGGAAGGGACUGAAAGCACAGCACAGAGCGAGUCCGUAGCACCUGACGCCACAGCAGCAUCACCUGGGAAACGGCGUCUCCGUCCCAGCGCGGGGAGGGGGGGGGGGAGGGGGGGAGGUGCGGUCUGUUCGUGUCACCAGACGGUGUCACUGAAUGUGGUGUUUGCAAGAAGAAGAACUCGUGGCUCAUUUCUGACUUCCUUGCGCCGGGCUGGCGGUAACCGCAUGGAGGGUCCCGCGAGGGCCUCAUCAGUGCUCUGUAAUCCUCCUGGUGGUGCUCACGGGCCACGGUUUUGAUGAGAGGGAGCGGGUGCAGUGCGUUUUAAUUUGGCAGGAACUCCCAGAUGCUUUAAAUUCUCGAUCCUUUGAUGACACACGUGUGAUCCCGCGUGUCUCCGAGCGGUCCUGCUUUCAUUGUCUGCCGGCGUGGCCUGUUGCUGUUGCCCAAUAAAGCUUGUGCACUUAUGCUUUGGGCGUCGUUUUAAUUUGUGUGCAAACAUGAAUUCUGGUGUCAAAAUGAGGGCUUUUCAUUCUAAUGCUUCUCUUUUGUGCAGAUCUCCUGGUACAUAAAUGGUAAAUAGCUUUUUCUCC